CUCAAUUAUAGGCGGCUCUGUGUGUGUACUUGGUACGAGGGGUGCAAUAAUUAUGAAGGCUUGAGUGACUUAUCUGCUGAUAAUUGACUUGAUGAAAACAGGCAAUCAAUUAAGCGCUGUUCAGAAAAUACAUACGUACAUGGGGAAAUGAAUAUGAUUGUUAUUUGAACAGUAAUCAAGAUCAGGGAGAUUUUAAUUCAUUUCCUUUCACAACUAAAGCAUACCUUUUGAACAGAUAGCUCACAUUUCUAGCCCUCGUCGACAUUCGUCAGUCCCAGUAACUGCGCAGCUCUCCACCAACAAUACCUUUCACAUAAUGGCCAGGACAUGAAGGACAGAGACCGGUGCUCAUACCUUGAACACCAUUGACAGGGCAGCCAGGUGGUCCACCCUGCAGCAGACCAGAACUAAGGGCACGAUUCCACAGUCACCUGAGCAAGGACUACGUAUAAAACCGCCCACGGGACAAAAUGUUUGAGCAUUUGGUGACUGCCGCACUCUGACAUCAACAUGCGGCGCUCGCUGGCUGCUCCGGUGGUUCUGCUCUUCCUCUUCUGCGGACCAGCACUGGCCGACUACCCUCCCCACAAGAGGCCUCCGAAGCCUCACACCGGCUACAAGGGUUCCCAUCCAGUCAAACCCAAAUACAGCUACGCUUACGGCAUCGACGACAAGCACGCUGGCAUCAAGUUGAACGUCAAAGAGAGGCGCGACGGAAAGUUCACAGAAGGAGAGUAUGUCACCAAACUUCCCGACGGAAGGAACCAGAAAGUUUCCUAUCACGUGAACGGAAAAUCAGGUUUCGUUGCGGAUGUGAAGUAUGAUGGAGUGGCGCGGCAUCCGGUUCCGAUCAAGAAGCCGGUGAAGCCGGGCAAGUACUUGCCACCCAAGGUGGCAAAACCACCGGUUGUAACCUAUGGGCCCCCGGUGCCUCUGGCAAAGCCGCGGCCGCUGCCUUAUCAUCCUGUGAACACGCGGUAUAGAUAUGGUGAUGAUGAUGACGAUGGAUAUGUGUCAUAUAACAGUGGGUUCUCAAAGGAAGGAUUGUCGGGAUUUGUGCCCCAAGAUAUCUAUCGUGGAGCGCCGUAUGGUAAAGGGCUUGACAUUUCACCUUAUGAAAGGAGCACCAACCUUUUUCAGCAGCAGUUCUACCAGUAACGAGAGAAUAAAGUAUUUGCGGUGCAGCUGCUCACAUGUGAGAGGCUUUCUAUAAGAGAACGGUCUUGCUAAGUGGUUUGCAGAUGUGUGUCGUCCGUCGACUUUGUGCUUUUCGUCGCUUUGUCUCGUCUCUGUCGAUGGUGCUUUCUGGCGUUUGUGCUUAUUUGUUUGCACUGUGUGGCAUUGUUUGCUGUCUUGAUAAUAAUACAUGACACGCCUGCCA